AUGCCCCCAGAUGGAGGCUGGGGCUGGGUAGUGGUUGCUGGUGCUUUCAUUUCUGUUGGCUUCUCUUCUACACUUGGCAAAUGUAUUUCUGUACUUUUCAAAGAAAUAGAAGCUACAUUCAAUGCUAGCAUCAGUGAAGUGUCAUGGAUAUCUUCCAUCAUGUUUUCUUUCAUGCUUGCUGCAGGUCCUAUCAGCAGCAUCCUGGUGAAUAAAUAUGGAAGCCGUCCAGUCGUCAUUGCUGGUGGCAUCCUCUCAGGCUGUAGCUUGAUGGGAGCUUCUUUGUGUAACACUAUCCAGGAACUUUACUUUUUUGUUGGAGUCCUUGGAGGCCUUGGUUUUGCAUUCAACCUCGGUCCAGCUGUGACCAUGAUUGGCAAGUAUUUCUCCAAGCGACGGCCCUUAGCAAAUGCACUGGCCAUGGAAGGCAGCCCUGUGUUGCUUGCAACCCUAGCCCCCCUCAGUCAAUUUCUUGUUGAUAUCUUUGGUUUAAGAGGGACUUUUCUAAUUCUUGGAGCCUUAACACUAAACUGCUGUGUAGCCGGAUCCCUAAUGCGACCAAUAGGACCCACAACUAAGGAAAGGAGAAGGAAGAGUGAAGUGUCUUUACAGGAGGCUGGAGAAUGUGAUGCCAUAAAAGAUGUGGCUGAUGCCCAUGCAGUUCCAAAUGAUGGAAACUCCAAAGAAAAGAAGCAGUCAGUCUUCCAAACAAUUAACAAAUAUCUGGACUUAUCCCUCUUCACUCAUAGAGGCUUUCUGCUAUACCUCUGUGGUAACUUGCCAGGGAAUUUUGUGUUGAUUGUGCCUUUAGUCUUUCUUACUAAUUAUGCCAAGAGUCACCAUUUCAGUAGUGAAAGUGCUGCCUUCCUUCUUUCCAUUAUGUCAGUCACUGACAUUAUAUCCAGGCCCCUCAUAGGGCUUGUAGCCAACACAAAGUGGGUCAAGCCUCGCAUUCAGUAUUUCUUGGCGGUUUCUUUUCUUGCAAAUGGAAUGUGUCAUAUGUUGCUACCUUUUGCUACCACCUAUGUCCACUUCUGUAUCUAUGCGGGGUUCUUUGGAUUUGCAUAUGGGUGGUUUGGCUCCAUCACGUUUGAAACACUCAUGGACCUCGUUGGACCUCAGAGGUUUACCAGCGCCGUGGGACUGAUGGCCUUGAUGCAAUGCUGUCCGGUUCUCCUAGGACCACCAGUUUUAGGUCAUCUCAGUGACAUGUAUGGAGACUAUAAAUACACAUACUGGAUGUGUGGCAUAAUAUUAAUUUUCUCAGGUCUUUUUCUCUUCAUUGGCAUGGGCAUCAAUUAUCACCUACUAGCAAAAGAACAAAAAGCCAAACAGGAACUGAAGCAGAAAAAUGGAGAUGGAGAGAAUUAG